CCUAACGCUCCAGGCCAGGCCCGGCUCCUUUAAAACGGGCAGGGCCACGUGACCUAGCGGGUCACAUGGUCCGCGAGACAACAUGGCUGCGCCCGCGGUGCAGCCAGCUCGCGGGUUCUCCGCCGGGUUCGGUCGCAGACGCGGUCGCGUUCUCCUCCUGCCGCUGCUCUCGCUCCUCUGCCGGGCAGCGGGGCACGAGGAGGUCGGGGCCGGGGCGGGCUCGUGCGGUUGCGGCACGCCGCAUCGGCCCGGGGCCCAGGGCAGUGCCGCAGCCGCGCACCUGUACUCGCGGGAGGCCAAUGCCCCGGGCCCGGUCCCCGGGCAGCAGCCGCCGGCGCCCACCAAGAUGAUCCUCAUUCCUGCUGGCGUGUUCACCAUGGGCACAGAUGAUCCUAAGAUAAAGCAGGACGGGGAGGCACCUGCCAGGAGGGUGGCUGUGGACGCUUUUUACAUGGAUGCCUAUGAAGUCAGUAAUGCCGACUUUGAGAAGUUUGUGAACUCAACGGGCUACUUGACAGAGGCCGAGAGGUUUGGUGACUCCUUUGUCUUCGAGGGCAUGCUGAGCGAGCGGGUGAAGACGGACAUCCACCAGGCAGUGGCAGCUGCUCCAUGGUGGUUACCGGUGAAGGGAGCUGACUGGAGACACCCAGAGGGACCCGACUCCACCAUCCGGCACAGGCCGCACCACCCAGUGCUCCACGUCUCCUGGAAUGACGCAGUUGCCUACUGCACGUGGGCAGGGAAGCGGUUGCCCACGGAAGCUGAGUGGGAGUAUAGCUGUCGAGGCGGCCUGCAGAACAGACUCUUCCCCUGGGGCAACAAGCUGCAGCCCAGAGGCCAGCAUUAUGCCAACCUGUGGCAGGGCGACUUCCCUGUAACCGACACUGGCGAGGACGGCUUCCGGGGGACGGCGCCCGUUGAUGCGUUUCCUCCCAACGGCUAUGGCUUGUACAACAUGGUGGGCAACGCCUGGGAGUGGACUUCAGACUGGUGGACUCGCUACCAUUCUGUUGAGGAAGCACAGAACCCGAAGGGCCCCCCGUCGGGGAAGGAUCGGGUGAAAAAAGGCGGAUCCUACAUGUGCCAUAAGUCCUACUGUUACAGGUACCGCUGUGCUGCCAGGAGCCAGAACACCCCCGACAGCUCCGCCUCCAACCUGGGAUUCCGCUGCGCUGCUGACCGUCUGCCCAGCACAGACUGACAGCUGAGGAGCCUGCCCAGAGCCCAGACGGCGGGCCGAAGCCGCGCCCUGAAGGACUCCGUCCCUCCCGGUGGCCAGUGGAACUGUCUACACAUCAGAUCGCCGACCUGCCUUGUCACACGCUC